UAUAUCACAGACAGAACCUGAAGAGAUAACGCGCGUGCACACACAAACACUCUCUCUUUCUAGGUCUGAAAAUGGCUCCUGUACUGAGUAGAAGCAUGGCCACUGCCUCUGUUGCCCCAUUCACACUGACAAAACCCCAAAGGGCUUCCACCCUAAGAAGCGCUUUUCUGCCACCGCAACAUGGUCUCAUAAAGUGCUUCUCUUCUGCCACCGCCGGGUUGAAGUGGAAGCAGCACGAGAGAAGAAGCAGGCUCGCUGUGCGGUGCGAAGCGGCGGUUGCAGAGAAAGAAGAGGGUGAAGCCACUGGUGAAAAGUUUGAGUACCAAGCCGAGGUGAGUCGAUUACUGGAUUUGAUUGUUCACAGUCUUUAUAGCCACAAGGAAGUUUUCCUUCGAGAACUUGUGAGUAAUGCUAGUGAUGCUUUGGACAAGUUGAGAUUCUUAAGUGUGACUGAGCCUUCUUUGCUUGGAGAUGCUGGAGAACUAGAGAUACGCAUCAAACCUGAUCCAGACAAUGGAACUGUUACUAUAACAGAUACUGGUAUUGGAAUGACCAAAGAAGAGCUCAUUGACUGUCUUGGAACUAUUGCCCAGAGUGGUACUUCAAAAUUUUUGAAGGCACUUAAGGAAAACAAGGAUCUAGGAGCAGAUAAUGGUUUGAUUGGUCAAUUUGGUGUUGGAUUCUACUCUGCUUUUCUUGUUGCUGAGAGGGUUGUUGUUUCUACAAAGAGCCCGAGAUCAGAUAAGCAAUAUGUGUGGGAAGCAUUGGCUGACAGUAGCUCUUUUAUGAUAAAGGAAGAAACUGAUCCUGAAAAGCUUCUGCGUCGUGGUACACAGAUUACCCUCUAUUUAAGACCUGAUGACAAGUAUGAAUUCUCAGAGCCAACGAAGAUUCAGAGUUUGGUGAAAAAUUACUCCCAGUUUGUUUCCUUCCCCAUUUUUACAUGGCAAGAAAAAUCAAGAACUGUUGAGGUGGAAGAGGAAGAAGAACCUAAAGAAGGCGAAGAACCAAAAGCAGAGGGUGAGAAGAAGAAGACAAAAAAGACUAAAACUGAGAAGUAUUGGGACUGGGAAUUAGCCAAUGAAACCAAGCCAAUAUGGAUGCGGAAUUCAAAGGAAGUUCAAAAGGACGAGUACAAUGAAUUUUACAAGAAGGCUUUUAAUGAAUUCUUAGAACCACUUGCAUAUACUCACUUCACCACUGAGGGUGAGGUUGAGUUCAGAAGUAUUCUAUAUGUUCCAGGAAUGGGGCCUCUCAACAAUGAAGAAGUAGUGAACCCUAAAACAAAGAACAUACGUCUGUAUGUUAAGCGUGUGUUCAUCUCAGAUGAUUUUGAUGGUGAGCUGUUUCCACGUUACUUGAGCUUUGUGAAGGGUGUGGUUGAUUCAAAUGACCUUCCUCUCAAUGUUUCUAGGGAGAUUCUUCAAGAAAGCAGAAUUGUAAGAAUAAUGAGAAAGAGGCUUGUCAGGAAGGCAUUUGAUAUGAUUCAAGACAUUUCUGAAAGAGAAAAUAAAGAGGACUACAAGAAAUUUUGGGAAAACUUUGGUAGGUUCAUGAAGUUAGGAUGCGUUGAAGAUAGUGGAAAUCAUAAGCGCAUAACACCACUAUUGAGGUUUUACACUUCCAAAAGUGAGGAGGAACUUAAAAGCUUGGAUGAUUAUGUCGAAAACAUGGGUGAAAACCAGAAAGCUAUCUAUUACCUAGCAACUGACAGCUUGAAAAGUGCAAAGACUGCUCCAUUUUUGGAGAAAUUGGUUCAAAAAGAUAUUGAGGUACUUUAUUUGGUCGAACCUAUUGAUGAGGUUGCCAUUCAAAACCUACAGACAUACAAAGAAAAGAAAUUUGUUGAUAUCAGCAAGGAAGAUUUGGAAUUGGGCGAUGAGGAUGAGGUCAAAGAGAGGGAAAACAAGCAAGAGUACAACCUACUUUGUGAUUGGAUAAAACAGCAACUUGGUGAUAAGGUGGCAAAAGUUCAAAUCUCUAACCGCUUGAGCUCAUCUCCCUGUGUGCUUGUAUCGGGAAAGUUUGGGUGGUCUGCAAAUAUGGAGAGAUUAAUGAAGGCUCAAGCUCUUGGAGACACUGCAAGUUUGGAGUUUAUGAGAGGGAGGAGAAUAUUGGAGAUUAAUCCAGAUCAUCCCAUUAUCAACGACUUAAAUGCCGCCUGCAAGAAUGCUCCUGACAGCAGCGAUGCUCAGAGAGCCGUUGAUCUCUUAUAUGAUACAGCACUUAUAUCUAGUGGAUUUUCUCCGGAUAGCCCUGCAGAGUUGGGAAAUAAGAUUUAUGAAAUGAUGGCAUUGGCCCUUGGAGGAAGAUGGGGUAGAUCAGAAGAAGAGGAGGGAGAUGCAUCUGUUGAAGCUGAUUCAAACACAGGUGAAGAAGCUACUGAGCCAGAAGUUUUUGAACCUUCUGAAGUCAUAUCAGAGAGUGAUCCAUGGACUACUGAUUAGGUGUCCUGUGCCCUCAUAGCUUAAAUUAAUUUUUUUGGCAUUAUAGGGAAUAAUGCAUACGUAGGCAAGAUAGGAAAGGGAGAGACUCUGGAAUUUUCUUAUGGUUUUAUAGUCCCGAAGGAAAAUUUGUAUUAUCAUGUGGGAUUGUGAAUGCCAUAAAGUAACGAAUGCUACGGGCCUUUCCCGAUGAAAUUGAGAGUGUUCGUAGCUGGGCACAUUUUUGUUACUUAAUGGUCAUGUGUCAUUGUAUUAUUUUGAUCAUUUGAUGUCUGAAUGCCAACCUAAAAUGCCAAGAUCUCUCUUGUUCUCCCUCUCUCAUCCUGGUCUCUUAUAUAGUUC